AUGGGACGCCUUACGACAGUGUUCUCAGGCGUCUUCCUUGCUAUAGGGGGUUUCCUCUUCGGCUAUGACUCCGGUAUCAUCACCUCCACUAUUGCCCUCGACACAUUCGAGGCGUACUUCAGUGAUCCAUCGGACACCGUUGCCGGGGGUAUCGUGUCAGCUUUCCAGGGUGGUGCCAUCCUUGGUACUGUCUUCAACAUGUUAUUCGCCAACAAGAUGGGUCGUCGUCAUACCAUUUUCGUUGGAUCCGUCAUCUCAUGUCUCGGAUCGGCUCUGCAGGCUGGCGCAGUCAACAUGACCAUGUUGAUCAUUGGUCGCUUCAUCGGUGGUGCGGCCGUCGGCAUGGUCACCUCGACGAUUCCGAUGUACGCCUCUGAGUUAUCAGAAGCUAAAUACCGUGGAACUCUCUCUGGUUUGCUGCAAUGGAUGCUGAGUUGGGGUUUUCUGGUCGCGCAAUGGCUGGGAUACGGAUGCUCCUUUUCCAAGUCCCAAUUCUCCUGGCGUUUCCCUCUCGCUUUCCAAGCCAUCCCUGGUGUUAUCCUCGUUGCCGGCGUUUACUUCCUCCAAGAGUCUCCUCGAUGGCUGAUGGAACGAGACCGACACGACGAUGCCCGCCGUUCCCUCGGUAAGCUCAGAAGCGGUUUAGACGAAGAAACGAUCAAUCUCGAAUUCCGAGAAAUCCGAGAUGUCAUCCUUGCCGAUCGUGCUCUCGGCAACAUCUCGUGGAAGUCUAUAAUUACCAAGCCAUCAUGGCGCAAGCGCCUUAUUCUGGGCUGUGGCGUGCAGGCGCUCGGGCCGCUGAGUGGAAUCAAUGUCAUUAACUAUUACGGUCCUCGAAUCUAUGAAAUCUUGGGUAUCGGCACCCAGACAUCGUUGAUGAUCAUCGGCAUCAGCGGUGCAUUGUCAAUCGUAUACUGCACUAUUGGAUUGUGGCUACUAGACCGCAUCGGCAGAGUCAAGCCCCUGAUUGUCUCCGCAGCCGGUAUGGGUGCUGCCCUGUUGGUCAACGCUGUCCAAGCUCAAUAUCUGAAUGAAUACAACGCCAACCAGUUGCGAAGCAUGGUUGCCAUGAACUUCGUCUUCAGCAUGUUCUAUACACCUCUAGGAAUUAUCAGCUGGGUCUAUCCUGCUGAAAUUUUCCCUGUCGAAGUCAGAGCACUUGGAAACGCCAUUACCACCUUCACAAACUGGACCGUGAACCUCAUCUUCGCCCAGAUCUCACCGGAGGCAUUGACAGCCAUCGGCUUCCGGUAUUUCUACGUUUUUUUCGUUCUCAAUCUUAUCGGAAUGUUGUGCUACAUAUUCUUUUAUCCGGAGACCAAGGGGCGGACGCUUGAGCAGAUGGAUGAACUUUUUGGAGACCAACUGGUACCUCACGCUAUGCAAGACUCGGUUGGUGCCGCCGCGGCUGUGUCGAAGGACAAGAAAUUAGUAGAGCAACUCGAUCAUGUUUAG